UGUUGCCAGUUCUGGGCGAGGUCUCCUGGUGUAGCGAGAGAGACGCUUCCACGCUGUGCUUAGGGCUUUCGCGUCACUGGACACCUACUUCCGAUUUGAAAUGGGAAAUGAAGUCUGGGAGCCGCUUCCUUAGCCAAUCCUCGGAAAUCUCAGGCACCAGCAUGAUCUAGUGCCCAGAAGAUGACGAAUCCGUGAACAAGAUGGAAAAGUGGAGCUCUAGCUGUCAUGGCUCUGAGCCCCCCAUAGAUGGUCUGAUUGCGAUGUGCCAGUCCUAGCUGCCGUCUGAGAGGAUGUCUGGGGUGUCUGAGCCCCUGAGCCGAGUGAAGGUGGGCACGUUACGUCGGCCCGAAGGCCCCCCAGAGCCCAUGGUGGUGGUACCAGUAGAUGUGGAAAAGGAAGAUGUACGGAUCCUCAAGGUCUGCUUCUACAGCAACAGCUUCAACCCUGGGAAGAACUUCAAACUGGUUAAAUGCACUGUGCAAACCGAGAUCCGGGAGGUCAUCGCCUCCAUCCUGCUGAGCGGGCGGAUCGGGCCCAACAUCCAGCUGGCUGAGUGCUAUGGGCUGAGGCUAAAGCACAUGAAGUCAGAUGAGAUCCACUGGCUGCACCCGCAGAUGACGCUGGGUGAGGUGCAGGACAAGUACGAGUGUCUCCACAUGGAAGCCGAGUGGAGGUAUGACCUUCAGAUCCGCUACCUGCCAGAGGACUUCCUGGAAAGCCUAAAGGAAGACAGGACCACACUGCUCUAUUUUUAUCAACAGCUCCGGAAUGACUACAUGCAACGCUAUGCCAGCAAGGUCAGCGAGGGCAUGGCCCUGCAGCUGGGCUGCCUGGAGCUCAGGAGGUUCUUCAAGGACAUGCCUCACAAUGCACUUGACAAAAAGUCCAACUUCGAGCUCUUGGAGAAGGAAGUGGGGCUGGACCUGUUUUUCCCAAAGCAAAUGCAGGAAAACCUAAAGCCCAAGCAGUUCCGGAAGAUGAUCCAGCAGACCUUCCAGCAGUACGCCUCGCUCAGGGAGGAGGAAUGCGUCAUGAAGUUCUUCAACACCCUUGCGGGCUUUGCCAACAUCGACCAGGAGACCUAUCGCUGCGAACUCAUUCAAGGUUGGAACAUUACUGUGGACCUGGUCAUCGGCCCAAAAGGCAUCCGCCAGUUGACAAGUCAAGACGCAAAGCCCACCUGCCUGGCCGAGUUCAAGCAGAUCAGGUCCAUCAGGUGCCUCCCACUAGAGGAAGGCCAGGCAGUCCUGCAGCUGGGCAUCGAAGGCGCCCCCCAGUCUUUGUCCAUCAAAACCUCCUCUCUGGCAGAGGCCGAGAACAUGGCUGACCUCGUGGACGGUUACUGCCGGCUGCAGGGGGAGCACAAAGGCUCGCUCAUCAUUCAUCCCAAGAAAGAUGGUGAGAAGCGGAGCAGCCUGCCCCAGAUCCCCGUGCUAAACCUGGAGGCCCAGCGGCCCCUCUUCUCAGAAAGCUGCAGCAUAGAAUCGGACAUCUAUGCAGAGAUUCCUGAUGAGACCCUGCGAAGGCCAGGAGGCCCACAGUAUGGCAUCGCUCGGGAAGACGUGGUUCUGAAUCGAAUUCUUGGUGAAGGCUUUUUCGGGGAGGUCUAUGAAGGUGUCUACACCAAUCAUAAAGGAGAGACGAUCAACGUCGCUGUGAAGACCUGCAAGAAGGACUGCACGCUGGACAACAAGGAGAAGUUCAUGAGUGAGGCAGUGAUCAUGAGGAAUCUCGACCACCCGCAUAUUGUGAAGCUGAUUGGCAUCAUUGAGGAGGAGCCCACCUGGAUCAUCAUGGAACUGUAUCCCUACGGGGAGCUCGGCCACUACCUGGAGCGGAACAAGAGCUCCCUGAAGGUGCUCACUCUCGUCCUGUACACGCUGCAGAUUUGCAAAGCCAUGGCCUACCUGGAGAGCAUCAACUGCGUCCACAGGGACAUCGCUGUCCGAAACGUCCUGGUGGCCUCCGCUGAGUGUGUGAAGCUGGGGGACUUUGGCCUUUCCCGGUAUAUUGAGGAUGAGGAGUAUUACAAAGCCUCCGUGACCCGUCUCCCCAUCAAGUGGAUGUCACCUGAGUCCAUUAACUUCCGCCGCUUCACAACAGCCAGCGACGUCUGGAUGUUUGCCGUGUGCGUGUGGGAGAUCCUGAGCUUUGGCAAGCAGCCCUUCUUCUGGCUGGAGAACAAGGAUGUCAUCGGGGUGCUCGAGAAGGGGGACCGGCUACCCAAGCCCGACCUCUGCCCACCUGUCCUCUACACCCUCAUGACACGCUGCUGGGACUAUGACCCCAGUGAGCGGCCCCGCUUCACCGAGCUCGUGUGCAACCUCAGUGACAUUUAUCAGAUGGAGAAGGACAUUGCUAUAGAGCAGGAGAGGAAUGCUCGCUACCGAACCCCCAAAAUCUUGGAGCCCAUAGUCUUCCAGGAACCCCCACCAAAGCCCAGCCGGCCCAAAUAUGGACCCCCUCCACAAACCAACCUUCUGGCCCCCAAGCUGCAGUUCCAGGUCCCUGAGGGCCUGUGUGCCAGCUCACCUACGCUCACCAGCCCUAUGGAGUACCCAUCUCCUGUAAACUCGCUGCACACCCCACCUCUCCACCGGCACAAUGUCUUCAAGCGCCACAGCAUGCGGAUCAUGCACUCGUUUGAAUACGAUGAAUGUGGAACAAUGAGAUCUCAGGUUUGGCAUCAACUGCAUCACAGGCUUGAGCUUGGGGCUGAUGACCCAGUAACUGUCUGCGUAUAUGGCUGUGGAUUGAAGAACAGCUUCGUAAGAACAAAGCAGCUGGAGGAGGACUUCAUCCGGCCCAGCAGCCGAGAAGAGGCCCAGCAGCUAUGGGAGGCCGAGCGGGUCAAGAUGCGGCAGAUCCUGGACAAGCAGCAGAAGCAGAUGGUGGAAGAUUAUCAGUGGCUGAGGCAGGAGGAGAAGUCCUUGGACCCCAUGGUUUACAUGAACAAUAAGUCACUGUUGACGCCAGAGAAGGAGGCUGGCUACACGGAGUUCACGGGGCCCCCACAAAAGCCGCCGCGGCUGGGCGCGCAGUCCAUCCAGCCCACAGCCAACCUGGACCGGACCGACGACCUGGUGUACCUCAAUGUCAUGGAGCUGGUGCGGGCUGUGUUGGACCUCAAGAACGAGCUCUACCAGCUGCCUCCCGAGGGCUACGUUGUGGUGGUGAAGAACGUGGGCCUGACCCUGCGGAAGCUCAUCGGCAGUGUGGACGACCUUCUCCCCUCCUUGCCGUCAUCUUCAAGGACAGAGAUCGAAGGGACCCAGAAACUGCUCAACAAGGACCUGGCGGAGCUCAUCAAUAAGAUGCGACUGGCCCAGCAGAACGCCGUGACCUCCCUGAGCGAGGAGUGCAAGCGGCAGAUGCUCAUGGCCUCCCACACCCUGGCCGUUGAUGCCAAGAACCUGCUCGAUGCUGUAGACCAGGCCAAGGUCAUGGCCAACCUGGCCCACCCGCCUGCAGAGUGACGGAGGGGGCACCCCUGCCUGCACCUUCUGCCCUGCCUGUCCUGUGCCUCCCCACCCCGGCCCUGCCUUGCCUUCGGUCAUGUGGGUCAUCUCAGGGGAAGGCUGAGGGGAGUCCUCCUUCCCUGGCCACUCUGCACGACUCCCCCUCCCCGCCCCGGCCCCCGGACUGUGCCGCUCAGGCUGCAGCUGGUCGGAGGAGAACCAGGGCUGUAGACCCCAGGGGGUGACAAACGGGGCUCUGCCAGGCUCGCGCCUGGGCCAGCCCCUCCUCACACGGCCCCUAGCGGCCACAACGGCUCUAUGCAUGGGCAUGGCAGGCGGACCUGGGAAGCAAGCUGUUCCUUCUCCUUCCUCUCUGCCCUCAGAGGUCCCCCGAAGCCCCCUGCACAGAGAGGCUGGACAGGGGCUUUCUUUUGGGGGUGGGCAGCUGGUGAGAUGAGAGGUGAACCUGGCUUUCUUGUACAGUGUAUAUUGGAAUUUAUUUAAUAUGAGUUUGGUCUGGACCGACAGCCAUGUAGCCCCUGCGGGGGACCCGGCCACAGUCCGGGAGCAAACUACUGGGGGUCCAGGCGCAGGCUGCCGUUGUCACCUCGCCGAGUAUCGGGGAGAAGGAGAGGCGAGGCCAAACGGGGCUCGGACCACAAUCCACACUCCCCCCGGCCUCCCGCCUCCCCCUUCCCUCACUCUGCCCCUCCUGUCUUCUCCCCCCUUUUCUUACUCUUCUCCUGCUCUCCCCACUUUCCCUCCUGCUCCUGCCCCCCUUCUUGUGUCCCAGAAGAGCACUCUCUUACCUUCUUUCUAUCUAACUUGUGAUGAAUUA